AGGGGAUGUUACCCUCUGUGAAAGGUUGUUAUGGAGACUCACGGAGCUUUGGCUGAGGAAGAGAAGCAGGAGUGGGGUUCAACGCCCGAACAUCACCCCGCUGAACGGAAUCGAGAGGCUACGGAGAACAAGCUACUGCUGAUUAAAGGAGGGAUUUUCCUUGGCACAGUUGCAACAGCAGGAAUGCUCGCUGGUUUUGGUACAACAUUGUCCCUUGCAAAGAAGAAAAGCCCCUCUUGGUUUAAUAAGGGUGUUACUGCAACGGCUGCCUUGCCGGAAAGUGGUUCAUCUCUUGCCCUGAGGGCUUUAGGCUGGGGUUCACUUUAUGCCUGGUGUGGAGUUGGACUGAUCAGUUUUGCUGUAUGGAAGGUACUCGGAGUUCAUAGUCUCAAAGAAUUUCAAGAAAAAAUGCAAUCCAUAUUUCCACUUGUGCUAAAAAACCACGAGCAGAAAUCCAAUUCUGAAUCCUUCAGUUUUGAAGACCUUUUGAAGUCCAAGUGAAGACAAAGCAAAGAUGCACCACCUAGAAAUAGCAUCUGAUAGGAUCUACAUACAGUGAAGAUGGAGGUAGAUAAGUGACCACAAGCAAUGUUUGGAAUCUACAUGAGAAGCAGGAAAAAGUUCAGAUUUUGGAAGCAUUGGUGAACUUUCUCAAAAAAACUACUUGCUGACAUGAGCAUACCUCCAGCAUGCAAAUUAAACCAUAUCAACUUCUGCAGUCACAAGUUGCAAUCUAUGUGCAAAGGACCUGUCGCUAUAGAGUUGCUAGUUCCAUAUUUGAUAAAGGAAAACCUAUGCAACACACAUUUAGGGGCUCUGUAGGUUAAAAUAAUGCCUGUUUAUCAUGCAUCCUUUAAUCAA